AUGACCCGAUUCGCAAGAAGCAAUCAAAACAAGGGACGUAAAUUGGACAAGGCUACUCCAUGGAAAGAAUUAAAACCUCAAUACGCCGGCAACAAGAAUAAAAGUAAACGUCCAGAUCCCGGGAGUAAAAUGAAAAUGCAUCACAUCGGUAAAGCCGAUCAGGCCAAACUUCAAAAGAAAAAAACGGUUUGCUUCAAAUGUCGACAACCCGGCCACAAAGUGUCCAAAUGUAAAGCAGAAAGCGGAAAUAGUAGCGAAAAAAUUUGCUUCAAAUGUGGUUCCAGUAACCAUUCCUUAUAUCAGUGUACCCAAUAUGAUCAAUCACGUCGUGAUGAUCCAUUGCCCUUUGCAAAGUGUUUUAUAUGUCAAGGUGUUGGUCACUUAUCAAAAUCUUGCCCAGACAAUCCUAGAGGAUUGUAUCCGUUAGGUGGAUCCUGUAAACUAUGUGGAUCCGUAGAGCACUUUCACAGAGAUUGCCCCAUGAGACACAAAGAAGAAGAAAGCGAAUUGAAAUUACGUGUUUUAAAUUCAACCGUGAGCGCAGAUGAUGAUGGUAUGGUAACGAUUUCUAAAUCGAUUAAAACUAACUUUUCUAAAGCUAAGGGAAGACCCAAAAUUGUUCGAUUUUGAAAAGCGCAGAUAGCGCAGCCUAUUUGUAAUAAAAUUGACGGGAACAAAUGUAUAAGCUAUAAUGAAACCUUGAAUGUUACUGCAACAGUAGCUACUUCAUUAAAAAUCAAGGCCAAUAACAAUUCCUUGAAUCAAUGCUUCAUUAUUUAACUGUAUCAUACAUUUAUUUUGUUGUACUCGAUAAAAUAAUACACACUUCUGAAAUUAUGUACUUGCAAUUAGCUCACACUUGGUACGGCUAAGAAAAAAUAAAAAGUAUAUUAUGCAACUUAUACCUAAAUAGAUGCAGUAUAAGCUAUAUAUAAAUUACUUUUUAAAAUUGCCUUUUCAUUACAACAGGUAAGAAGUUGUGUAUAUUAAUUGAUGACUAUAAUAGCAAUGUAAAUCUUGUA